GCACACUCAGGCAACUUUCUUUUCAGCAGAUUUUUCCCUAGAUUUUAAGCCCAAUCUUCCCCUUACUUUCUUGAAAAGAGAAAUGAGCGGAUGGUCAUCUUCCAUGGAGCUGCAGUUCAAGGAACAGCCGACUCUUCUGAAACCCUCCGCCAGUAACUUCUCCUGCUGCAUUUUCAAAGCCCCACAAAGCCUAGUUCAGAUCAACCAGAAGGCUUACGAGCCCCAGAUUGUCUCCAUCGGUCCGUACCACCAUGGCAAGGAACGGCUAAAUAUGAUCGAGCAGCAUAAACCUCGAUUCUUCUCCACUCUCCUCGAACGAACCAAGGAUCGAGACGUGGGCCUUGACGACUAUUUCGAUGCUGUUGCUUCGAGGGAGAAAGAAAUUCGGGAUUGCUACUCAGAGCGUCUUUGCGAAAGCCCGGAUCUAGUCAAGAUGAUAGUCCUUGAUGCCUGUUUCAUUGUCGAGGUGUUCCGCAUCUUCGGGAAUGUAAUUAAGCCUCAUCCCGACGAUCCUUUCUUGGGGAUGCAAUGGAUCUUCACCUUCCUCACAAGGGACCUUCUUCGGAUCGAAAACCAGAUCCCUUUCUUUGUCCUUCAAGACAUCUUCGACUUAUCAAAGGGCGACACAGCAGAAGAAGCCGCCAAGGGCUCCCUCAGUGAGCUCGCGCUAAGAUUCUUCAACAUCGCGGCUCAAAGGCCUCAGGAGCAAUUGAAGAAGUUCUAUGGGGUUUCCAAUGUCAAACACUUGCUUGACUUAUUCCGAUUGAGUUUCAUUGGUCAUUCGGAGCUGGAACAACCUGAAGAUGUCGAUGUUCACUACUUACAAUUGAUCCCUUCAGCGACGCAGCUUCUUCGCUCCGGGAUCAAGCUGACGAACGGCGAUGACUCGAACUUACUCAACAUCCAAUUCAAUGGUAGAGUAAUUCAAAUCCCUACUUUGACUCUAGACGAUUUCAUAAGCUCCUUCUUUCUCAACUGCGUCGCCUACGAGCAGUGUUACAUCCACUGCUCCGGGCACAUCACCAGUUACAUCACCUUCAUGAGAUGUCUCGUGAACAAAGAAGUGGAUGCAGAGCUCUUAUCUGAUAACCAAAUACUAGUGAACUAUUUGGGAUCGAAUGCAGAGGUCGCAACUUUCUUCAACGAACUGGGUAAGGACUGUGCCAUUGAUCUCGAGACAAGCUACUUGGCCAAGAUAAUUGAGCAAGUGAACAGAUACCACCGAACCAAAUGGCACGUGAUUUGGGCGGGGACCAAGCGCGAGUACUUUGGUAGUCCUUGGUCCUUCAUUUCGGCUGUUGCUGCCUUUGUUCUGUUGGUUCUUACUUUCCUUCAAGCAUUCUAUGCGGUCUUCGCAUAUUAUCAUGCCCCGAAGUAACGACCCUCGGUGACGCAACUCCGGGAAGACAUGAACCUUGUGGCAAAAGGUGAUCUGUGUCCGAGGUUCUCGAUCACAGCCAUACUUUUUUCGCUCUUGGUUUUGUAGCACAUUUGCCAGUUUUCCAUGUUCUAAGUAAUUAUAUGUCCUAAAAAGAGAUUGUAGUCACAGCACAGAUUUACUCGCAAGGUAUGGGCGUUUGACCUAUGUCUACCACGAAUAGUUAUAUAGAUCAAGUCCAUCUACAUUAUCGCUUAUGUGGGUUCUAUCGUGAGGCUUAUAUGAUCAACGAUCUGUUCUAUCGACUAUGAAAUAAAAAUCAUGCUUAU